GCGAGGCACCAAGAAGGGGGUGCCGAUUUGAAAUUAAAUGUGAAUAUAGAAAUAGAAAAGUAAAGAGAAAACUGAAAAUAAAUUAUUAUUAUUUAUAAAUCAAAAUCAAAAUUCAAGGAGGGAACUAUAAAUAAGGAUCCCUAGACCAUGAGGCACCAAAAAAGGGGCGUCGAUUUGAAGUUAAACGUGAAAAUAUCAAAAAAUCAAAUUUCAAGGAGGGAACUAUAAAUAAGGAUCCCUGACCAUUUGUCUUCAAGCAGUUUCCGUUUUCACUCUUCCAUUUCAUUUCGCCGGGAAAAUCUCUCUCCAAUUCUCUCUCUCUCUCUCUCUCUCUCUCUCUCUCUCUCUCUCUCUCUCUCUCUCUCUCUCUCUCUCAUUGGAGAUAAUUUUAGAGCUGAGAAUAGAAUUUCGGUUCUUCGUUAACCUACUCGCAGCAACCAUUUUUGCAUUUCAGCGUUGUCUAGAUGGGCUUUGUUAUUUUACAAGUAAGAGUUAAUUGAUAUAACAUCUGGAUGAGUACCUUACUGAGUAGUCCCGGUGAUAGGGAUACUGUGCAGGCCAUCAAUGCCUUAAAGAAAGGUUCUUAUCUUCUGAAGUACGGGCGAUGGGGAAAACCAAAGUUUUGUCCGUUCCAGCUUUCAAACGACGAGACGACACUAAUUUGGUAUGUUGGAAAAGAGCAGAAACAGCUUCAACUAAGUAAAGUUUCAAGAAUUAUACCUGGACAACGUACAGCGAUAUUUCAGAGGUAUCCACAGCCUGAGAAGGAAUAUCAGUCAUUUUCUCUUAUCUAUGGAAAAAGAUCCUUGGAUGUGAUAUGCAAGGACAAGUCUGAAGCAGAGAUCUGGUUUGUGGCCCUUAGAGCAUUGAUUUCACAGGGUAACGUGCAAAAAUGGACAACUGAAAUUAGGGCAGAUGGCACAUUAUCAGACUGUUCAAGCGAUCAAACAGAAAGAAAUUCUCAGUCAAUCGUAUCGAAUAGCAGCAGCGAUGCAGUUCAUGAGGAUAUACAGAACUAUCGAACAAGUGAUGCCUCAUUUGAGAGGCUGCCCCAGAAAAGGCUGGCAAGAGCAUUUUCUGACGUUGUACUACAUAAAACAUCAUCUUUAUGCUCCCCACAGAGAGAUUCUAUUUUCUGUUCCGGCAUUUCAGAACCAAAUGAAUCUGGUCGGAACUCUGCAGAUAGUCGGCUUAGUUUCUCCAGCGCCAUAAGUACAUCUAGCCUCGAAUCUUCUCCCGGAGAUAUUCCUCUGUGCAGCAUUUUCAUGUGGGGAAAAGGAAUCGAGGAUGGCCUACUGGACGGAGACUCUUUUCCAGGAAAGGACACAUUUUCGCCCAAGUUUCUAAAAUCUGCCUCGAUAAUUGACGCUCAGAAUAUGGCUUGUGGCAGUGGACAUGCUGUAUUAAUCUCGAGACAGGGUCAGGUUUUUAGCUGGGGAGAUGGCUCGGGCGGCAAGCUGGGGCAUGGAUCAGAAGCUGAUAUCUCUAGCCCUAAGCUAAUUGAUGCUCUUGUUGGACUGAACAUUGUAUCAAUAGGGUGCGGCGAUUAUCACACAUGUGCUGUAACCGCAACUGGAGGUCUGUACACAUGGGGAGAUGGCAUCCAUAACUCUGGCCUUCUUGGGCAUGGAACUGAACUCAGUUACUGGACCCCACGAAAAGUCAGGGGUCAGAUGGAAGGCAUCUCUGUGGCAUCCAUAUCUUGUGGACCUUGGCAUUCGGCUGCUAUCACAUCACUCGGUCAGCUGUUCACUUUUGGAGAUGGAACUUUCGGUGCGCUAGGUCAUGGAGAUCGAUUUUCCACGAGUUUCCCUAGAGAAGUAGAGGCUUUAAAGGGACAAAAAACCGUGAGAGUAUCGUGUGGGUUUUGGCAUACUGCUGCAAUUGUAGAGGGUAAUUCUGAUUUGCCAAGCUGUAGCGACGCUUUUGUCGGGAAUCUUUUCACAUGGGGAAACGGAGAUGAUGGGAAGCUUGGCCUUGGUGAUAAACUAUGCAGAUUAGUUCCUUGUUCUGUAGCUACGCCAAACGACAGAAGCUUCUGUCAAGUAGCAUGUGGGCAUACUAUCACCGUUGCACUUACAAUUUGUGGACAAGUGUAUACAAUGGGCGGUCAUGGGAAUAGUAGCCGCACACUGCCGAUAAAUAUCGAGGGUAAACUAAAAGACUGUUUCGUUAAAGAAAUAUCGUGUGGCUCUCAUCAUAUUGCUGUUGUGACUUCUAAGUCGGAAGUAUUUACAUGGGGGAAGGGAAAAUAUGGUCAGUUAGGCCAUGGGGAUAAUGCAGACAAGAAUUCUCCUACUCUAGUUACAGCUUUAGAGGGGAAACAAGUAAAGAGGGUCAUUUGUGGAACGAAUUUCACUGCAGCAAUUUGUACUCACAAAUGGAUAUGCGCAGCUGAUUACUCGAUUUGUGCCGGCUGUCGUAGUCAAUUUAAUUUCAAACGUAGGCGUCAUAACUGCUACAACUGUGGGCUUGUUUUUUGCAAAGCGUGUACGAGUAAGAAAUCCUUGCGCGCUUCUUUGGCUCCAAAUCUGAACAAGCUACAUCGCGUAUGUGAAGAUUGUUUUUCUAAACUGAACAAGGGCUUGGAUAGCAGAUUGAACUCUCGACCUCCUAAGUCCAAUAGCCUAUGCCUACGUGUGGACCCCGGUAAAGAAAAAAAGAAAGAGCCCUCCAAAGCUACUUCACACAGCGCACUUUCAAGAUUAUCAUCAUUUGAUUCAUUCAGAAGGUCUAAUACGCAACUUUCCAAGAAAAAUCAGAAGCUAUUGUUGAGUAGUACUCCCAGUUCUCCAUUUCGUGAAGGAAAUUUCGGAUGCGAUAGGUCCUCUCAAUCAAGUCCGUCGGCAUCUAUAUUUGACAGCUGUGAACAGAGUUUUAAAAUGCACCCUACAUCUUCUCUUGUCUCCACAAAAUUGACUCCUCACUUUCGCGAAGAAGUUAACGAUGAUUCCAAGCAGACAAACGAGGACCUCGCCGAAGAAAUCUCAUUUCUGAGGGAACAGGUGGAACUUCUCACUCGCAAGUCUCAGAUGCUCGCAGGAGAACUGGCAAAAACGUCAGAUCAAUUAAAUGAAGCAACUGCAAUUGUUCAGGAUGAAUAUGAGAAAAAUAGUUCUGCCAAGGAAGCCAUAAAGCGUCUCAUGAGUCAGUUGAAAGAAAUGGCUUCAAAGGUACCUCAAGGGCCUUCUUGCCGAACAUUUGGCCCAUGUGCUGAUAUGUACCAUGUUCUAAGCACUGCUUCAACCUGAAACCGAUGCUCGUUUUAAAUUUGACUGAUUAGGAAGCAAAGUAUGAAGAGAUACAUCUCGUUUCUCCUAGUGCUUUUUACAGGUAUAUACAGAUCUCCGUACAUGGAUCGUUCCCUUUAUCCAAUAAAAGUUCUUUUUUGAGCCGAUUGUUAGAGGAAAUUGCAUUCCUUUUUAGGUUUCUGGAGAAAAAUACAUAGCAAACAGAUCAUAUAUAGUACAUACAGAAGUUAUAAGUAUAUCUUAGUUGAGUCAAACGAACUUCUACUGAAGUCUAUGAAUGUUGAAUCAUUCAGAUUUUUUUUGUUUAUAGUUAGAGGCGCGUUAGCCGCGCCCCACUUUUUAAAAGAAAAAAAGGAGGCAAAGAAAUGCGAACGAGUACUUACUAUUGGUGU